CACGAUUAGUCGACAAUUGAAGUAUCAGCUGUAUAGUCUGAUAAUACUCGCGGAUGCGAAGAAUUAUCAAAUCGUCAAUCGCCGUCAUUGUCGUGUACUUUGAGCCUUUGUGAAACUGUGUUAUAUUUAGAUUAAAAAGUCUCUCUGUGCAAAUUAUUUAUUUUUGUGGAUUCCAAUAUGACUGGUGCUGAAAUAUGUAAAUUUGAUCUCGAUGAGACCCUCGAUAAUGAGAUAAAAUUUGGAAAAUAUCAAUUAAUUAUUUUUGGACUUAUCGCAUUUCCUAUUGCCUUAAAUGGAAUUUUCAGCAAUGCAUAUAUUUUUACGGCUGGAAGUUUAAAUUAUAGAUGUGAAAUUCCUGAGUGUGAUUUACAAAACAGAGAAUUUUUAACGCCAUGGCUUAACCUCUCGACACCAUUUGUUUCCAAUUUACCGGAAAAAUGUAAAAAAUUUCAAUAUGUAUCGAACGAGUCAUCUUCAUGUAAUGUCAAGUCAUUCAACCGUUCUGUGAUUAUUGGCUGCGAUUCCUUUAUAUACGAAGACGAUGAAAUAACAAUUCAGAAUCAAUUCGACCUCACAUGCAAUAACGAGUAUCAGCUGUCACUUAUCGGUACGAUUAACAAUAUUGGACAACUCUUUUGCUACAUUUUCACAGGCUUCAUGUCAGACAGAUACGGUAGAAAAAUUGUUGUAAUCCUCGGAUGCUUGGGAAAUGGCAUAUUCGGUGUGUUACGUGCCUUCUCAUUCAAUUACUAUCAAUUUGCAGCAUUUGAAUUUCUUGAUGCACUUUUUGGUUCAGCAACAUAUGCAGCAGCCUACAUCAUAGGUUUAGAGCUAGUUACACCACGUUUGAGAACAAUUUCCGGGACAAUCCUUAAUUGCUUCUAUGCACUUGGUGGUAUCUACUUGGGACUUAUUGCCAUGUGGUUUCAGAACUACAAAGUUUUGCUGCUUAUCACAUACAUUCCAUCAUUUGUCGUGUUAUCUUAUAUAUAUCUGCUUCCACAAAGCAUACGAUGGCUGUUAUCAAAAGGCAAACAUGAAGAAGCAAGAAAGAUUUUGAACAAGGCAUGCAAGUUUAACAGAACCAAGAUGAGUGUUCAAACAUUAAGUUCGUUAAAUGAGAAAAUUGAAAUGCAAAAAUCAAAGGAUACGAAUGGAAACAUUGCUGACGAUAGUGAAUGGAUGAAGAAAAUCUCAUUGAAAAUUGUUAUGCAGAUUGCUAAUUUAGCUUAUUGCUGGUUUGCAGUUAUCUUCGUUUACUAUGGUCUCAAUCUGAAUUCUGUUUAUCUUGAAUAUUGGAACAAGCACGUGAAUUUUAUUUUUGUUUGUGCAAUUGAAUUGCCUGGCUAUUUCAUAACAAACUUCCUAAUGGAGAAGCUUGGCAGAAAAAAGACGCUUUUUAUUGGAAUGAUGGGAAGUGGCGUUUCUUGCAUCCUUGCAGAGCUUAUUCCUGGUCACAUAUCCAAGACAAUUUUCUACGUGUGCGGCAAAUUACUGAUUACAAUCGCAUUCAGUUGUCUGUACAUAUUCACAAUUGAAGUCUUUCCAACAACUCUACGACAUCGCUUCUUCUCUAUAUGCAACAUUGUUGGUAGAAUUGGAUCGAUUUUAACACCUCUAACGCCUCUCUUAAUUGAGUUAUCGCCUAGUUUGCCGUUACUAUUGUUUGCAUUACUAUCAUUCAGUUCAGCUGUGUUCCUUUGUUACUUACCAGAAACACUGAACCGAAAACUGCCUGAAAAUAUAGAAGAAGCUUUUAAUUGAUAUUAAAUUAGGAUGAGAAUAAAAUGUUCACAUUUUUUAUUUUUA